AUGCUUAUAUUCUCGGCUUUCAAGACCCUCACAGGGCAGCAGGUCACCAUUGAACUCAAGAACGACCUCGCCAUUCAGGGCACACUUAAAAGUGUUGAUCAGUUCUUGAACUUCAAGGUCGACAAUAUCCGCGUUCUUAAUGAAGCGAAACACCCUCACAUGAUGGCCGUCAAGUCAGCAUUCAUUCGAGGCUCAGUCGUUCGAUACGUCCACAUCCCAGCUGCUGCCGUCGACACACAACUGCUCGAAGACGCAACAAGGAGAGAGGCCGCGUCGCAGGCCAAACGCUAA